CCGGCCCCGGCCCGCCCUGCCCCGACCCGACCCGCGGACGCACCCCCAUGCCCGCUCACGGCCGCCCGCCGGUAGCGGCUGACGCCUGCGGGGCCCGAGGAGGCGAUGGCUGCGGAUCUGGUGGUGCUGCUCUGCCUGGCCGCCGCCGCGGCCGCCGUGGAAGAAACUUUGAUGGAUACGCGGACAGCGACGGCCGAGCUGGGCUGGACCGCCAACCCACCCUCGGGGUGGGAAGAAGUCAGUGGCUACGACGAAAACCUCAAUACCAUCCGUACGUACCAGGUGUGCAACGUCUUCGAGCCCAACCAGAACAACUGGCUCCUUACCACGUUCAUCAACCGGCGUGGUGCUCACCGCAUCUACACCGAGAUGCGCUUCACUGUGCGGGACUGCAGCAGCCUCCCCAACGUCCCCGGCUCCUGCAAGGAGACCUUCAACCUCUACUACUACGAGACAGACUCUGUCAUUGCCACCAAGAAGUCCACCUUCUGGACAGAGGCACCCUACCUCAAAGUGGACACCAUCGCUGCUGACGAGAGCUUCUCCCAGGUGGACUUUGGGGGCAGGUUGAUGAAGGUGAACACAGAAGUGAGAAGUUUUGGGCCCCUGACCCGCAAUGGCUUUUACCUGGCCUUCCAGGACUACGGGGCUUGUAUGUCUCUGCUGUCUGUCAGGGUCUUCUUCAAGAAGUGCCCCAGUGUGGUGCAGAAUUUCGCCAUCUUCCCGGAGACGAUGACGGGAGCAGAGAGCACCUCUCUGGUGACUGCUCGGGGCACCUGCAUCCCCAACGCCGAGGAGGUGGACGUGCCCAUUAAGCUGUACUGCAACGGCGAUGGGGAGUGGAUGGUCCCCAUCGGCCGCUGCACCUGCAAGGCUGGCUACGAACCGGAGAACAAUGUGGCUUGCAAAGCCUGCCCAGCGGGGACGUUCAAGGCCAGCCAGGGGGCGGGGGUCUGCAUUCCGUGCCCCCCCAACAGCCGCUCCACCGCUGAGGCCUCCCCGGUCUGCGCGUGCCGCAAUGGCUACUACCGGGCAGACUUCGACCCUCCGGCAGCUGCCUGCACCAGUGUCCCAUCUGGCCCCCGCAACGUCAUCUCCAUCGUCAACGAGACGUCCAUCAUCCUGGAGUGGCACCCGCCGCGGGAGACGGGCGGGCGGGACGACGUCACCUACAACAUCAUCUGCAAGAAGUGCCGGUCGGACCGACGCGCCUGCUCCCGCUGCGACGACAACGUGGACUUCGUGCCCAGGCAGCUGGGGCUGACUGACACCCGCGUCUUCAUCAGCAACCUAUGGGCACACACGCCCUACACCUUCGAGAUCCAGGCCGUCAAUGGCGUUUCCAACAAGAGCCCGUUCCCGCAGCAGCAUGUCUCCGUCAACAUCACCACCAACCAGGCCGCACCCUCCACCGUCCCCAUCAUGCACCAGGUGAGUGCCACGAUGAGGAGCAUCACGCUGUCCUGGCCCCAGCCUGAGCAGCCCAAUGGGAUCAUCCUGGACUACGAGAUCCGCUACUAUGAGAAGCUGAGCCGCAUCUGCACGCCCGAUGUCGGCAGCUCUGUGGGCACCAGGCCCGCACCGGACCACAACGAGUACAACUCCUCCAUGGCCCGGAGCCAGACCAACACGGCGCGGAUCGAGGGGCUGCGGCCCGGCAUGGUGUACGUGGUGCAGGUGCGGGCCCGCACCGUGGCUGGCUACGGCAAGUACAGCGGCAAGAUGUGCUUCCAGACCCUGACGGACGACGACUACAAGUCGGAGCUGAGGGAGCAGCUGCCACUGAUCGCGGGGUCCGCAGCGGCCGGGGUGGUCUUCAUAGUCUCACUGGUGGCCAUUUCCAUCGUCUGCAGCAGGAAGCGAGCCUACAGCAAGGAAGCCGUGUACAGUGAUAAGCUACAGCACUACAGCACCGGCCGAGGGUCUCCAGGGAUGAAGAUCUACAUCGACCCCUUCACCUACGAGGACCCCAAUGAGGCAGUCCGGGAGUUCGCCAAGGAGAUCGAUGUGUCCUUUGUGAAGAUAGAAGAAGUCAUUGGAGCAGGGGAGUUUGGAGAAGUGUACAAGGGCCGCCUGAAGUUGCCAGGCAAGCGGGAGAUCUAUGUGGCCAUCAAAACACUGAAGGCCGGUUACUCGGAGAAGCAGCGGCGGGACUUCCUGAGCGAGGCCAGCAUCAUGGGGCAGUUCGACCACCCCAACAUCAUCCGCCUGGAGGGCGUGGUGACCAAGAGCCGGCCGGUCAUGAUCAUCACCGAGUUCAUGGAGAACGGCGCCUUGGACUCCUUCCUGCGGCAAAACGACGGGCAGUUCACAGUGAUCCAGCUGGUGGGAAUGCUCAGAGGGAUCGCUGCCGGGAUGAAGUACCUCGCGGAGAUGAAUUAUGUGCACCGGGAUCUGGCUGCCAGGAACAUCCUGGUCAACAGCAACCUGGUGUGCAAAGUGUCCGACUUCGGCCUCUCACGCUACUUGCAGGACGACACAUCUGACCCCACCUACACCAGCUCCUUGGGGGGUAAGAUCCCUGUCAGGUGGACGGCACCAGAGGCCAUCGCCUACCGCAAGUUCACCUCGGCCAGCGACGUCUGGAGCUACGGCAUCGUCAUGUGGGAGGUGAUGUCAUUCGGGGAGAGGCCCUACUGGGACAUGUCCAACCAAGAUGUGAUCAACGCCAUCGAGCAGGAUUACCGGCUGCCCCCGCCCAUGGACUGCCCCGCCGCCCUGCACCAGCUCAUGCUGGACUGCUGGCAGAAGGACCGCAACACUCGCCCGCGCUUCACCGAGAUCGUCAACACCCUUGACAAAAUGAUCCGCAACCCGGCAAGCCUCAAAACUGUGGCUACCAUCACCGCUGUGCCUUCUCAGCCCCUCCUUGACCGCUCCAUCCCCGACUUCACUGCCUUUACCUCAGUAGAUGACUGGCUGAGCGCUGUGAAGAUGAGCCAGUACCGGGACAGCUUCCUGACUGCUGGCUUCACCUCCCUGCAGCUGGUUGCCCAGAUGACGUCCGAAGACCUCCUGAGAAUAGGGGUGACUUUGGCUGGGCACCAGAAGAAGAUACUGAACAGCGUCCAGUCCAUGCGAGUACAGAUGAGCCAGUCUCCGACCUCGAUGGCAUGACGUCCCUUGUUCGACGGGGAGGGGCGGGGAGGGCACGCAGAGGAGGGGCAGAGGUGGGAGGGGAGGAACUGGCGGGUGCCACAGGGCAGCGUUUGGGAAGGAGCCGCUGCUGCCCGCGGACUGUGACCGCAGAUGAAGGAUGUUCCUGGGACUCAUCUCUAACUGGUGAAUUCCGUUCCUCACCAAUAGAAGCACACUUACCAAUGUCAUGGGGAACAGCAUAUAAAUACAUAUAAAUAUGUACAAAUCAUAUAUUUAAAAAGCAAAGCAAAACAAAAAAAAA